CGAACAAAUGUAAAAAUAAUUCCAAAUGCGUAAAUACCCAUUGGAUACUCCAUAAAACUGAAUAAUUCUUCGCAGAAUUCAACUUAAUUGCUUCAGCCUUUAGUGUUUACUGUUCUUAAGUCUCGACUUUAGCAUUUACAUUUUAUACACUGUAAAUAUUUUAAGAAACCAUAUCUUUAACGUUAAGCUUGAUUUUUUUUUAAUUCCCCAUUCACUUAGACCCUCUGGAGUGACUGGACUACAUCGUCUUACAGAAUUUAUCAUGGAAAAUACACAAUUGGAACACAAAAAUAAUAGAAAUGGAAUGCCUUACAAAAUUGUUGAUUCCAAAAGAGAACAUAAAAUAGGUAUAGUCGCAGAAUCGUUAUCUGAUCUUAUUGCUAAAGCUCAACAAAAAUUCAAAAUUGAGGAACCGGUUAAAGUAGUUUUAGAAUUAGAUGGCACAGAAGUGGAUGAAAACGACUACUUUGAUACUUUGGAAAAAAACACUUUGUUUAUGAUACUUAAAAAAGAUGAAAAAUGGUCUCCAUACAGUAGCAUAAAUAUUCAACUAUCAAAAGAUGAUGUAGAUGGUAAACAAAGUAUAAAUUGUUUAAUUGAUCGUUUGAAAAGCGACUCUGGUCAAAUCGCAUUAUUGGGUGGUUGUGAUCUUGAAUUACUAGCUGACAUGAAUCCCGAAGAUGUCACUGAUCAGGCAAUUGAUAGGUCAUUUGUGGAGCAGAUUAAAGAGGCCAGCGGAAGAUUUCUUUAUGAAAAAAGAGAAGCUCAAGACGCAUUGAAUUUGCUCAAAUUGUACCAUCAAACGACAAUCAAAGAUAAAUAAAGUUUGAAUCAAUUAAUCGUUUAAACUAUUCAGUUUUAGGAUCUCAAUAUUUAAUAUUUAUAAGAUAUCAAAAUUCCUACACAAUUCCUUAUAAACACAUGUACUUAUGUACUUGUGACAAAACUCACCUUCCACUUUCUUAAGUAUAUGUAUGUAACUUAUGUGUUUAUGGAAAACAAUUUAAAUUAAUGGAUUAUGUUAGUGUUAUUGGUAAAAUAAAACAGUAGUGUUUUGUAAUUGAGCUAUUUUUUAAAUUUUAAAUACAAAUGUCAAUUGUUUUUAAGAAUACAAUUAGCUUUUUAAUACCAAUAUCAUACUUUAACAACACUACAAUAACAAUAUUUAAAUAUCAAUUAAAAUUAAAUCAAUUAAAUUAACUUCAUUUUCCAUUUCUUUAUGUACUAUAAGCCAACUGAUGAUCUUUGUGCAAUGGUUUAUUUUUGCUUUGCCAAAACUUAAAUUUUUUUUUAAAUACCCAUUAGCACGUCAUUAUUUAACUAUUCUAUAUGGUAAUCCAUUAAGAGAUGUACUUUUUUUAUUCAGUCUAUGUUUUAUAUGUUUUUACAAUUUCUAAGUGUAGUUCUUAAGUGCCUAAUAUAUCAUUGUAAUAUUAUUAAGAAAAAUGUUUACAAAGUAUAAAGCCUUUACUAGUGCCGUGACAUACCUUUAAAUUAUUAAUUUUUGAAAUAUUCAGAAGCUUUUCAUUAAAACCAUUUUUUUAAAUACUUAACACAACAUGAAAAGUUACUAAAAGCAUCUAAACUUUUUUUUAUAUAAUAUAUGUAAACUAGUUAAGGGUUAAUAUUCUUUUUUUUAUAAAAUAAA